CCAUAAAUCUCAUUUUCAUUGGUGUCUCUCUUUGUCUGUCUAGAUUUUCUAGUUUCUCAUAAGAUACCCAACCAACCAAUAACGCUUCUCCAGUUCUGUCUGAAACAAAGAAAGCCGUUGUAGGUUGUGACGAUCAGAAGGCCAGUUACGGUUGUUGCUUAACGCCACGUUCUCACUUGUGAUUUAAAACACACGCAUCAUUAUUUAUUUUCUUCUUCUUCAUCAUCAUCAUCUCUCUCGCUCUGUCAUCACACACUCUCUCUCUGUCUUGUCUUAGUUUCUGGAAGAACGGCGAACAGAAAAAUGGAACCAGAUAGUCAGAUAUCAGAAACUGACUCAAAAAUCCCAGAAAUAGUGAAUCAGACAAUGGAAUUACUAAUCCAAUCAAAUGAUCCUUGUUCUAAAAUUCAAGCAGCUAAAGAUAUUCGAAGACUGACAAAAACAUCUCAGAAAUAUCGUCGUCAUUUCUCUGGGGCUAUUCAGUAUCUUGUUUCUAUGCUUAGAUCUAAUUCUGUCGAAUUCAAUGAAGCUUCACUUCUUGCUCUUCUCAAUCUUGCCGUCAAAGAUGAAAAGAAUAAGGUCAAGAUUGUAGAUGCCGGUGCCCUUGAACCGCUAAUAUGUUUUCUUCGGUCUGAUAGUACAACUUUACGAGAAUAUGCAACUGCUGCUUUACUCACUCUCUCUGCUUCUGCAAUUAACAAGCCAACCAUCAGUUCCUAUGGUGCUAUCCCUCUUCUUGUUGAAAUACUAAAUGAUGGGUCCCCACAAGCAAAAGUUGAUUCAGUGAUGACUCUAUACAAUCUGUCUACACGCCGAGAAAAUCUCUCCAUAAUUCUCUCAGAAAAAGCCAUCUCCCCAUUGGUGAAUUUGCUCAAGAGCUGCAAAAAAUCAUCGAAAACAACUGAAAAAUGCAGUGCUCUUAUCGAAUCUUUAUUAGCUUUUGACAAGGGGAGGUCUGCAUUAACAAGUGAAGAAGGGGGAGUACUUGCAGUAGUAGAGGUUCUCGAGAACGGAUCGCCCCAAAGCCGUGAAUGUGCUGUUGGUGCACUAUUAAAGAUGUGUGAGAGUGACCGAGAUAGAUAUAGAGAACCCAUACUCAAGGAAGGGGUUAUACCUGGUCUUCUCGAGUUGACAGUUCAAGGAACACCGAGAUCUCAAGCAAAAGCACGCACCCUUUUGCAAUUAUUAAGAGACUCCCCGUAUCCAAGAUCCGAAUUUGAGGCUGGCAUGCUAGAAAACAUAGUGUGCGACAUUGUGUCUCAAAUUGACGGCGAAGAUCGAGGCGGGAAGGCAAAAAAGAUGUUGGCAGAGAUGGUUCAAGUCAGUAUGGAACAAAGCUUGAGACAUUUACAACAGAGGGCGUUAGUAUGUACACCAACUGAAAUGCCACUCACUAAAUGUAGAUCCAAAGUAUCGUCCAAAUGAUUGUUUUAGGUUCUUGUAUUGAGGUUGGAGUGGGGGAAAUUGGUUUCGGUUCUCCAUUAGGUGAAGAAAUAAGAAGAUUGAGUGAAUGCCAGUCCAGGCCUUGAUUGGUAUCAGGUGACUGGUGAGUCCUAUGAUCUUUAGAUGCUUUUCUAUGUUGUCAAAAGUGUACUGUUGGUUACUUGGUUUGUAAUUUAUGAAAUAAUUCCAAAAAGAAAACAAAAAAAAACCUGUUUUUAACCUUGGC